UCGGCUCGAGACGAGAGCAGAGCAGGCGCGCGGCCCAGGCGGAGGAGCGCUGACUCUGGAGCAGUCGGAGCUGGAGGAGGAGGAGGAGGAGAGGCGGCGGGGAAGGCGGAGGAGGGGGAGAGUCGCUCCCCCCCGGCGAGCAUGGGGCGCCUGGCGCCGAGGCCGGUGCUGCUGGCGCUCCUGGCACUAGCUCUUUGUCAAGGGCGUGUAGUGAGAGUUCCUUCAGGAAUCCUGGUCCGGGUGGUGGACACCGAGCUGGUCAUUCCCUGCAACGUCAGCGACUAUGAUGGCCCCAGUGAGCAGAACUUUGAUUGGAGUUUCUCCUCCUCGGGGAAUGUCUAUGUGGAGCUUGCGAGCACCUGGGAAGCGGGCUUUCCAGCCCAACUAUACCGAGAGCGACUGCAGAGGGGAGAGAUCCUGCUGAGACGGACAGCCAAUGAUGCUGUGGAGCUCCACAUAAGGAAUGUCCAGCCCUCAGAUCAAGGCUACUACAAGUGCUCAACCCCUAGCACAGAUGCCACCGUCCAGGGCAACUAUGAAGACACGGUGCAGGUUACAGUGCUGGCCGACGCCCUGCACGUGAGCGCCAGCCCUCAGCCGUCCCCAGCCCUGAGCCUGCGGGAGGGCGAACCCUUUGAGCUGCGCUGCUCCGCAUCCACCGCCUCGCAGCUGCACACGCACCUGUCUGUGCUGUGGGCUGUGCACCGUGGUGCUGCGGGCCGCAACAUCCUCGCUCUGACCCACGAGAGUCGCUUCCGCCCGGGCCCCGGCUACGAGCAGCGCUGCCACAGCGGAGACGUGCGCCUGGACACCGUGGGCAGCGACGUCUACCGCCUCUCCGUGUCCCGCGCCCUGUCCGCUGACCAGGGCUUGUACAAGUGUGUCGUCAGUGAGUGGAUCGGAGAGCAGGGGACCUGGCAAGAAAUUCAAGAAAAGACGGUGGAUGUCGCCACUGUGGUGAUCCAGCCAACAGUUCUAAGACUAACUGUGGCCAGGAACGUGUCUGUGGCUGAAGGAAAGGAACUGGACCUGUCUUGCAACAUCACAACGGAUCGAGUGGAUGACGUCCGGCCCGAGGUGACGUGGUACUUCAGCAGGUUGCCCGACAGCAGCCUUCCUGGCUCCCACGUGUUGGCACACAUGGACCGGGAUUCCCUGGUGCACAGUUCUCCUCACGUUGCUUUGAGUCAUGUGGAUGCACGUUCUUACCAUUUGCUGGUUCGAGACGUAAGCAAAGAAAAUUCUGGCUACUAUUUCUGCCAUGUGGCACUCUGGACACCCAGGCACAACAGGAGCUGGCACAAGGUGGCUGAGACCAUGUCUACCCCCACAGGUGUGGAUGUGACCUGGUUAGAGCCAAGCUAUCAGGUGUAUCUGAAUGCCUCCAAGGUCCCCGAGUAUGUGGAUGACCCCACCGAGCUGGAAUGCCGGGUAGUGGACAUGAGGCGCUCAGAGGCAAACGUCCGUUUCACAGUCUCCUGGUACUACAGGAUGAGCCGGCGCAGUGACGACGUGGUCAGCAGUGAGCUGAUCGCCGUCAUGCAUGGGGACUGGACACUGAAGUACGGUGAGAGGAGCAAGCAGCGGGCCCAAAACGGAGAGCUUAUAUUUGCUAAGGAGCGUUUGGACACAUUCAGUUUCCGGAUCCAAAGGACUACAGAGGAGGACAGAGGCAAUUAUUACUGUGUUGUGUCUGCCUGGACCAAACAGCGGAAUAAUAGCUGGGUGAAGAGCAAGGAUGUUUUCUCCAAACCUGUCAACAUAUUCUGGGUAUCAGAAGACUCUGUGCUUGUGGUGAAGGCAAGACAGCCAAAACCUUUCUUUGCUGCUGGAAAUACAUUUGAGAUGACUUGCAAAGUGUCUUCCAAGAAUAUUAAGUCACCACGCUACUCUGUUCUCAUCACUGCUGAGAAGCCUGUGGGAGACCUCUCCAGCCCCAAUGAAACAAAGUACAUCAUCUCCCUGGACCAGGAUUCCGUGGUUAAGCUGGAGAAUUGGACAGAUGCAUCACGAGUGGACGGCGUUGUGCUGGAGAAGGUGCAGGAAGAUGAAUUUCGCUAUCGAAUGUACCAGACUCAAGUCUCAGAUGCAGGGCUGUACCGCUGCAUGGUGACAGCCUGGUCUCCUGUCGGGGACAGCCUGUGGCGAGAAGCAGCAACCAGUCUCUCCAAUCCUAUUGAAAUAGACUUCCAGACCUCAGGUCCUGUAUUUAAUGCUUCCGUGCACUCGGCCACACCGUCAGUCACCCGGGGGGAUCUGAUCAAAUUGUUCUGUAUCAUCACAAUUGAAGGUACAGCACUGGAUCCAGAUGACAUGGCCUUUGAUGUGUCCUGGUUUGCUGUGCACUCUUUCGGCAUGGAUAAGGACCCCGUCUUCCUGUCUUCCUUGGAUCGGAAGGGGAUUGUGAACACAGCCCAAAGGGACUGGAAGAGCGACCUCAGCCUGGAGCGUGUGGGCGUCCUGGAAUUCUUGCUGCAAGUGCAUGGCUCCGAGGACCAAGACUUUGGCAACUAUUACUGUUCCGUGACUCCGUGGGUGAAGUCACCAACAGGUUCCUGGCAGAAGGAAACAGAGAUCCACUCCAAGCCCAUGUUUAUAACUGUGAAGAUGGAUGUGUUGAACGCCUUCAAGUACCCCCUGCUGAUUGGCAUCGGUCUCUCCACACUCAUCGGGCUCUUGUCCUGCCUCAUUGGCUACUGCAGCUCACACUGGUGUUGUAAGAAGGAAGUCCAGGAGACGAGGCGCGAGCGCCGCCGCCUCAUGUCCAUGGAGAUGGACUAG